AUGUCGACCAGACGCUCGACCCGGUCUCGCCUGGCUGCAUCGCACUCCUUCCAGGGCCAGGCCGGCAUUCAGCGCUUCACGCGGUCAACCAAGCCCGGUGCUUCUCCUUCGUCGUUGCUCCUUCUCGAUGGGAAGAAUGUCACUUUCCAAAAGACAACUGGGCUGCUGCCCGUGUCAGCGACGACGCCGUGCCUGCUGACUGCGUCUCCUUCCAAGAAGCGGAAACUCAACGAACUUGAUCCGGAGCAGGAGCAAGAGGAAGAUGAGCCUGCUGUGCAGGAAAUAGAAAAAGAGUCUGCAGUCCAGGAUACGCCGUCCAAGACUAUCAAGUUUAGUUCUCUUUCCGUGUCGACUCCCCCUCCUCCCAAACGAAGCACCAGCAUAUCCCGAACCACCUCUCGCAAACGUCGUUCAGUUCAUGUCGACUCGACUUUUACAAUUCCAGAACAACAACAACAACAACAACAACAACAACAACAGCCCACAUCACAAUGCAAAAACAUCCGCGAAGCGGACGAAGAAGAAAUAUUCCCCGCCGCGCUCGAUCAGCUCGUCAACUUUCAUUCUGCGUUUUUGAAAACUAUUAGCCUCCACUACACGCACAAGGGCUCAACUGCGCCCGCCGAUCUAAAAGAGCUUCUACCCAGGAUAGAAAAACUGUGGAAGAAACGAAAAGUCGUCGCCAAGGAUGUGCAACGCAUUGUGCACGUAUGGGAUGACGAAGAAACUCAACAACUGCGCUUCCGCAUUUCCAAUUACGGGCUUGGAAAAGUCUGUCUCGAGCGCGUGUCGGGCACUGCUGGCCCUGUUAAUGAGAAUGAGCUGCAUACGCGAUUCGUAAAGCUUCUUGGUGAUAAAUGGAGGCAGCGACGAGGAUCAAAAGAUGGUGAAAACGAUGAUGGAUCGGCCUUUGUGGAAGCGAUGGGACUCGCCACGAUUCACGAGUGUCUCACCCCAUUCACCGCACUACGAAAAGGACAGCAGCGACUACAAGACCUCAAAGGAGGCGUUAUCAAAGUCAAGACCGCGAUGCUGAAAGCCAGCAGCAACAUAAGCGAAAGCCAAGUCAAGACCGCCCGUGACCCGACCGUUGACCGCCGCAAAGGUUUGCUCGAACGUAUCAAGGGCAAGGAACUGUUACAGUCCAAACUCGGACCACCCCCAACAAAGGAACAGAUGCUUCGCCGAGCUGCUGCCCAGCGAGCAGAGGAUGUCGCCAGAGUGCUUGCUCUGCUGCGGCCACCGCGCUUGAUGGCCAAAAACGGAAAUUCGGCUGUGCAGAAGAAGCCCUUCAAGUGGGAAGCCUUGAUUCAGACUGUUCAAGACUCGCUGCGCAGUCCUAUUGCUGCCGAAGAAGUGGCUGCCUGCUUGGACAUUCUCGGGCAGAAAGAAGUUGCGGCUGACUGGAUCGAUAUUGUCACAAUCGAGCAUCUCACCAUUCAACAUCACUACCACCAAACCGUCAACAUGUCUUCGCGACCAGAGUUAAAGGUCGACGACGAAGUCGGCUUCAUUCGCUUCUUCCGCUCCCUCCCUACCAAGGACGUCGCCGGCACCGAAGCAGCAAACCCAGCAACCGUACGCGUAUUCGACCGCGGCGACUUUUACACAGCCCACGGCAGCGAUGCCGAAUUUAUUGCGCGCACAGUUUACAAAACUACCUCGGUGUUGCGGACCCUUGGCCGUAGCGACUCUGGUGGUCUGCCGUCUGUCACGCUCAGCGUGACAGUGUUUCGGAAUUUCCUUCGCGAGGCUCUGUUUCGUCUGAAUAAGCGUGUGGAGAUUUGGGUGUCUGCAGAUUCUGGAAGGGGUCAGUGGAAACGUGGGAAACAGGCUAGUCCGGGGAAUUUGCAGGAUGUUGAGGAAGAGCUUGGCGGUGGUACUGCCGGCACGGCUAUGGACUCGGCGCCUAUUAUUCUCGCGGUCAAGGUUACAGCGAAAUCCGCCGAGGCGAAGAAUGUUGGGGUGUGUUUUGCGGAUGCCAGUGUUAGAGAGCUUGGUGUCAGCGAGUUCCUUGACAACGAUGUUUACUCGAAUUUCGAGUCGCUUGUCAUUCAGCUCGGAGUCAAGGAGUGUGUUGUUCAGCUGGAUAGCUCCAAAAAGGAUGCAGAACUGGCAAAACUAAAAGCCAUUGCUGAUACCUGUGGAAUCGCCAUCACGGAGCGUCCCGUUGCUGAUUUUGGCACCAGAGAUAUCGAACAGGACCUGGUCAGACUACUGCGUGAGGAGCGCUCCGCGGCCACCCUCCCUCAAACCGAACUCAAGCUGGCCAUGGGUGCAGCUGCAUCGCUCAUCAAAUACUUGGGCGUCAUGUCGGACUCGACCAAUUUUGGCCAGUAUCAGCUCUACCAGCACGACCUGUCUCAGUAUAUGAAGCUCGACGCUUCUGCUCUGCGCGCCCUCAACCUCAUGCCGGGUCCACGCGACGGAGCGAAGAAUAUGAGUCUGUAUGGUCUGCUGAAUCACUGCAAGACUCCCGUGGGCAGUCGGCUGCUCGCCCAGUGGCUCAAGCAGCCGCUCAUGGAUCUUGCCGAGAUUGAAAAGAGACAACAACUUGUCGAAGCAUUUGUCAACGACACCGAGCUUCGCCAAACUAUGCAGGAAGAGCAUAUGCGGGCCAUCCCCGAUUUAUACAGACUGGCAAAGCGGUUCCAGCGGAACCAGGCCAAUUUGGAAGAUGUUGUCCGAGUUUACCAGGUUGCCAUCCGCCUCCCAGGCUUCAUUCGAAGCUUUGAGAAUGUCAUGGACGAGCAAUACCAGACCCCAUUAGACGCACAGUAUACAUCAAAGCUUCGCGGGUUUUCCGACAGUCUCUCGAAACUGGAGGAAAUGGUUGAAACGACAGUUGACCUUGACGCGCUCGACAACCACGAGUUCAUCAUCAAGCCCGAAUUUGACGAGAGUCUGCGUGUCAUUCGGAAAAAGCUGGACAAGCUUAGGUAUGACAUGGACGUGGAACAUCGACGCGUGGCUCGCGAUUUGAACCAGGAUAUGGAAAAGAAGCUGUUCCUUGAAAACCAUCGGGUUCACGGGUGGUGCUUUCGAUUAACGCGCAAUGAGGCAGGCUGCAUUCGCAACAAACGCGAGUACCAGGAAUGCUCGACGCAAAAGAACGGGGUUUAUUUCACGACGAAGACAAUGCAAGAACUCAGGAGGGAGCAUGAUCAACUUUCCACUAAUUAUAACCGAACUCAGUCGGGUCUUGUUCAAGAGGUUGUCAAUGUGGCCGCUUCCUACUGUCCGAUCCUGGAGCAGCUUGCCGGUACACUGGCGCACUUGGAUGUGAUUGUCAGCUUUGCACAUGUCUCGGUCCAUGCACCAACAGCGUAUACUCGUCCUCAGAUGCAUCCUCGCGGAACAGGCAAUACGGUACUAAAAGAGGCGCGACAUCCAUGCAUGGAAAUGCAAGACGACAUUUCCUUCAUCACCAACGAUGUCUCCCUCGUGCGCGACGAGUCUUCUUUCCUCAUCAUCACCGGGCCCAACAUGGGCGGUAAAUCCACAUAUAUUCGACAAAUCGGAGUCAUCGCCCUCAUGGCCCAGAUCGGCUGUUUUGUGCCCUGCACAGAGGCUGAGCUGACCAUUUUCGACUGCAUCCUAGCUCGUGUCGGGGCCAGCGAUUCCCAGCUCAAGGGCGUCUCUACUUUUAUGGCGGAGAUGCUGGAGACGUCGAAUAUUUUGAAAUCAGCUACGUCCGAGUCCCUGAUUAUCAUCGACGAGCUUGGUCGUGGAACCAGCACCUAUGACGGGUUUGGUCUUGCCUGGGCUAUCUCCGAGCACAUCAUCACGGAGAUUGGAUGCUUUGGACUGUUUGCCACGCAUUUCCAUGAGCUCACGGCUCUAGCUGAUCGGUAUCCCAAAUCAGUGCAGAACUUGCAUGUAGUGGCAUUCAUUGGCGACGAUAAAGAACAGCAAGAAGGCAAGAAGAAACGCGAAGUCACGCUUCUGUAUCGUGUCGAACCGGGUGUCUGUGACCAGUCCUUUGGCAUUCAUGUUGCAGAACUAGUCCGGUUUCCCGAGAAAGUUGUCAACAUGGCCAGGCAAAAGGCAGAAGAACUCGAAGACUUUACGUCGGCGACUGCAGAGCCUCAGCAGCAGCAGCAAAACCAGAAUUCUGCAGCCCUCGAUGCGUACUCGCAAGAGGAAGUUGAAGAGGGCAGCGCUCUGCUCAAGUCGAUGCUACUCAAAUGGAAAGCAGAAAUCGAGGGGCCGGGCAAGGAGAGCAUGACUGCAGAGGAGAAGCGUAAAGUGAUGCGAGACUUGGUUGCGGCAGAUGCAGGGUUGCAGACAAACAAGGUGUUUCAGGGUAUUAAAACGCUGUAA